GACCGCUUCCUUUGCCUGAUUGCGGUUUGCCUUUGGAACUUCUACGCUGCAAUUUGUAUCAUGGACCAUUCGGAGCUUUUGAUGGGGGCACAAGAUGCCAAUGAACUUGGCGGGCGCUGGCGACUUCAUUUGAUCGCUUGGCAACACUUGACGCACAUGGCGGAAGUGAGCGGGUGGAAACUAUUUAAAAUCAGGCCUAAACACCACAUGCUCGACCACCUUGCAAAGCAAGUUGCCCGUACACAGCUCAACCCUCGGAGGGUGAUGGGGUGUUUCUCGGAUGAGAGUUUUCUGGGGUACUUGAAAAGGAUAGGCAUCAAGUGCCAUGUGAUGAACAUGAUGGAACGGUUGUGCCAGAGGUACACCUUGUUCCUCAGUUUGCGGUGGCACGAGACUGCCCUCAAUGCUGGGGACCGCUAA